GACGGAGGCGCGUGUUCCGCAUCAGACACACACACACACACACACACACUCGGAAAAUCGACUUCGGCAACGUUAGACUAGUCCUCGUGUGUUUGGCCCGACUCGCCGCAGUUGAACUUUCAGAUGCAUCUCUGCUCCAGCGCUAGCGGAUUAUGAUCAUUUUUCUCCCGCUUUCAUGGACUGCCAUCUAUGAUGACACCCUGAGGACUUCAUUACUCCGAGCCGCAGUCUCAUAUGGUGUUUCAGAAUCCAGUGAAUAUCCGACUCCAGUGAAUAUCCGACUCCAGUGAAUAUCCGACUCCAGUGAAUAUCCGACUCCAGUGAAUAUCCGACUCCAGUGAAUAUCCGACUCCAGUGAAUAUCCGACUCCAGUGAAUAUCCGACUCCAGUGAAUAUCCGACUCCAGUGAAUAUCCGACUCCAGUGAAUAUCCCGUCUCUGCUGGGAUGAAGGAGGCGUGUCGUGUGUGCGCCAGGGAUCUGUGUGGGAACCAGCGGCGAUGGCUCUUCCGCCCGUCAGCCAAGCUAAAGCUGCAGGUUCUGCUGUCUGAGGCUCUGGGCCGCGAGCUUCAGCGCGACGGGCGCUGCGAGUUCGUCUGCAGCAAGUGCUGCUUCAUGCUGGACCGCAUGUUCCGCUUCGACACUGUGAUCGCACGCGUGCAGGCGCUGUCCCUCCAGCGUCUGCGCAGACUCCUGCUGGAGAAGGAGCGUCUGCGCAUCUGCAUCACUGCGCUCUAUAACAAACACAACCUGCAGGGGGCGCCGGAGGCGAGCGCUGAUGACCCGUCCCUUCACCGGUACUGUGCGCUGCUGCAGGAGGACCUCACCUACUCCAUGCACGAGUCCUGGGCGGAGGACGAGGAGCAGAUGUGGGAGUGUUCUCUCAAUCCACCGUGCCGCACGUUAGAGUCAUCCUCGAGCAGGUGCCGAGCGCUGCGUGUGUCCGACGCUGACUACGAAGCCGUGUGUAAAGUGCCCCGGAAGCUGUGGAGGAGCGUCUCCUGCGGCCCGUCCACACGCUACUACAGGACCGGCACCGGGAGCGCCUGUGUGGAAGAGCGGACCGGCACCGGGAGCGCCUGUGGGGAAGAGCAGACCGGCACCGGGAGCGCCUGUGGGGAAGAGCAGACCGGCACCGGGAGCGCCUGUGGGGAAGAGCAGACCGGCACCGGGAGCACCUGUGUGGAAGAGCAGACCGGCACCGGGAGCGCCUGUGGGGAAGAGCAGACCGGCACCGGGAGCACCUGUGGGGAAGAGCGGACCGGCACCGGGAGCCGCUCAUCAGAAGGUGAUCACACACUACGAGAGCAGCUGAGCUGCGGUGGCUCGCUGGAAUCCCUGAAUGCAUCUGAGGAGCAUCUCGUGGCAUCCGAGGAAACUCCGUCACGGCUGAUGCUGGUUCUGCUGCAGGACUGUGUGUACCGGCCCGUCCGGGCUCCCCCUGGCUGCAGGCUCCCUGUUCUGGUGCAUCCUGGGGUUUUUAAUGGAGGAGCUAAACUGGCUCGUCCAGAGCAGGGGAACCUGUUUGAUGGAGCGAACCACAUGAUCCUGGAGCCGGAACCGGAGAGAGUCCCGCUGGAGCCGGAGAGAGUCCCGCUGGAGCCGGGUGGGGAGGAGCCGGAGCUGCAGGACGAGUACCUGCCCUUCUGUUUCCGGAGGCUCCCACAGACUCUGAUGGAGGAGCAGACACAGACGCUUCAGUUCGAUCACAGUGCGGGACAGUGUGUCGCUCAACUGCAGAACGCACAGAUGCAGGUCGAGGCUCUGCAGACUCAGAUCCAUCACAGCGAGACCAGUAACAAGAAGCUGCAGAAGAAAGUGAGUGAGAUGGAGUCAGAGCUUCUGUCCAUCAGACAAGCUGCACAGAACCAGCAGAGAACCAUCCAGAACCUCACAGACAGCCUAAGAACGAAAGACACAGAGACUCAGGAGCUUUACCAUGUGAUUGAGGACCAGAAAAACACACUGUGUAAACUCACAGAGACACACCAGCAGCAGCCGCAACACAGACAGGCUCUAGAUGGCACUGUGGACUCGAGCUCUCUGUUCUCCUGUCAACUGGAGGCCCAUCACACACACACACACACGCUGACCCAGAGACGCCUGGAGGAUCUGAAGCGCUCGCGAGACCGACUGCAGGACGAGCUGCGGGACGCAGAGGAGCACAGAGAGAUCACUCACACACACAACAAGGAUCUGUGUGAGACACUGGAGCGGCUGCGGUCUGAGCUGCGGGUGAAAGUGUGUGAGCUGAGAGACAGUGAGGCCGAAACACACUCCGACAUCAGUGACAGAGAUGAGACCAUCACACAACUACAGAAGAGCUUAUGCCGCAAACACACACUGCUGCAGGAGUAUUCAGAGCUGCUGAACUCCAGCGGAGCCUCAGAGAGAGACACACUUCUGCACACACUCAGGAGUCGCAUCCGAGACCGAGACGCCGCUCUGGAGCGCUCGAUCGAUGAGAAGUUCCUCUGUCUGGAGGAGAAGGAUGCUGAAGUGCAUCGACUGCAGCUGAUGCUGCGUGAGAAAGACCGAGACCUGGAGAGACUGCGCUGCGUCCUCAACAACACCAACGACACCGUCACGGGUCUUGAUGCUCUGGUGCGCAGUAAGGAGCUGGAAUUAGAGAGAACACUGGAAACGUGCCGAAAGCUGGAGUGGAUGAAACAGCAGAGCGAUGAGAAACACACAAUUGCUGUUCGAGAGAGAGACGGCGUCAUCCAGCGGCUGCAAACUGCUCUACACACACACAGCAAAGAGGCCGAGGAGCUCCGGUCAGUGUUGUUGGGAAAGCUGUCGGCCACUGAUGUCCUGCAGGAACUCCAGGCUCGUCUCUCCACUAGAGAGCGUCUGUUUCAAGAAGUGAUGUCAGAGCACAGUCUCCAGCUGCAGGAACAUCACACACACCUGACGGAGCUGCUCGACACCAUCAGCUCCCGAGAUCAGGAAAUGAAGGAUUACGGGGAGAGGUUGGGACGGGUGAUAUCCGAGCGAUCCGCUCAGCUGCAGGAGUUGCGGCGGCAGCUUUCGUCUCGGGAACAGGAGCUGCACGAUGUGAACCGGGAGAGAGAGAGGGACUUUCCUGCGGCCCGGGAACUGAAGAGACUCCAGAACGUCCUCAAGGAGAAAGACUCCCUUAUACAGGAGUUACUGCAGGGUCAGAGCUCCACAGCAGCUGAACGGGCUGUGUGUACGAGCAGCUCAGGCGAUCUAGAGAUUCAAGCGAUCAGAGAUGAGCUACAGCUGACCCUCAGAAAACAAAGAGAGACUGAGCGGGAGCUGUCAGAGUUGCGGUCUCUUUUGGCUGCGAGGCAUCAUGACAGAUCUGAUCAGCAGUGUGUUCUGCAGCAGCUCGUGUCGGAGCAGAAGGCGCUGAAUGAAGCUCUGAGAGCCGAAAAGAGUCUUUAUCAGUCGCUCAGAGGCGUCCAGAGUCCAGCAGACAGCAGCGCUGAGAAGACCCGAGCGCUGGACGAACAGCUGAACUCUCUUCAGGCGCUGCGUGAGCUGCUGGGACACACACUGAAGACGAGUCGACACACAGCGCUGGCGAUGGAGCGACACACACUGGAGAUGGGCCGGGCCACACGGGUCCAGGGCGAUUAUGGAGGUGGGACAUGGCAGAGUUUGGCCUCCAUCGCCGACGCUAAUCUGAAUGAAGCGCUAGUCCAGCAUGAAGGAUCAUAACCCGCCAGAACUGUGUGUUUGUACAGUAUAUGUGUGUGUGUGUGUGUGUGUGUUUAAUUCAUUUUAUCCAGUAGUCUGCCUGUGAAUGGUGUGUGUGUGUGGUGUUGAUGUUUGUAUUCAUUCAUGAUUUUGAGUUCACACACUCGAGAUGCAGAAAUGCCUUUAUAUUCCAUUUGAAUUACACAGACUCGUUUAAUGAGAAGCAGAUGUAGAGAUAUGCUGUUCCUCUGUACUGUGUGUGUGUGUGUGUGUGUGUGUGUGUGUGUGUUCAGCAGUCGAGUGGGCUUCUAACUUUAACUCUGUUUGUGUACGAGACGAUACUUUAGUGCCAAAUGACACUGAUUUUACUGCAUCAUCCAGCUUUCUUUGUUCUUGUAACUGCAAAAAUGAAAUCUAUAUCAUGUACUCCAAACUAAAAAGAAAUAAAUCUAAGCAGAUUUCUUGGCCGAUA